CGCCUCCUCUGUUUUUUGAAUGAAAAUCAGAUCGGAAACUUAGACAAAACUGUGAAGAAGAGAGUUUAAGGUUGUUUUGUCGAAUGUUCCGGGGAAAUGAACCGGGAAACGAAGAAGCUUUCUCAGCCACAGCCGCCGGAGAAGAAGGAGAAGAAGCUAAAAAGGGAGAAACUUCCGGCGAACCCAUUGAGAGGAUUCACUACAAGAAGCUCUGGAAGCAGUAGUUGUAGCAAUGGGAGUGGUUCCGGUAGUCACAGGUUCUUGCUCUCAUCGUCUUCUUCGUCGCUAGGAGUGAAUCCUCAUAGUGUUAGAUCAGUAGCUGCUAAAACCCCUAAGUCUGCUCCCGUUUUGAGUAAACCCUUAAUUAGAAAGAAACCAAAGUCUCUGGAGGAGACUAAGCUGAAGUCUACUGUUACUGAGAAGCCUCAGAGGUGUAGAACAAACCCUACUUUUGGAAAGAGAGUCGCUAGUGGUAAGAUUAAAGGUUCGGUUUUGAAGAAGCAAUCCUCUGUUUCUAGAGAGGUUAAGCUUAAAGAUACGGUUAGAGUAGAUGACAGUGUUGGUACUCCUGUGUCUAAACUAGGAACAGGAUGUGAUUUGGUUUAUAGAAGUAACGGUGAUGAAGGUAAGGAUGAUGGUAGAGUAAGCAAUAGUAAUAGUAGUAGUAGUUGUCGAGAGAAGACACCACCUGUGCAAGCAUCAGUAUCUCCAGAGAUGCACUGUGGAACGUCUAUGAGUUUGUCUGCAUCAGCUCAGUCACAAGCUUGUUAUGCUGCUGGGCAUUUACUCUCUGGUGUUAGUGAUAAGAGGAAAUGCAAGCCUAAAGGGAUACUCACUGUGUGUGAGAAUGGUUUUGAGGUUGGUAAGGGUAAGAUACUGAAUGAUUCUGAUGAAUUUGAUGAAGGAGGUUUUGGUGUUGUUGGUGGAAGUUAUGAUAACGUCUCUAUGAUGCCUUUGCCUGCUGAUGCGUCAGUGCACUGGCUUUUAUCUCCUUGUGAUGAGGAGAAGGAAAAGUAUGAUGAUGAUGGUUUCUCUCAGUUUCAGGAGAUUGUUGAGUGUGUAGGCCAUGAGAGUCUGUCGCCACUAUCAGAUGGUAGUACUUCUUCUGAUUUAUGCAACAUUAGCGGUGGAAGAAGUCUUUCACCCAUGAGUACAUGUAAAGAGACGAUGAGAAGGAUUAGUUCUUCUCUUUCUCCAAAUGAGCUUUCUCGUUUCAGGAGAUUUAUGCAGCUUCCACCCCCUAAGUGUGAGCUAGAGGAUCCUUCUGAGCAUUUGGGAGGUGACAAACAGUCUCCCUUAUCUAUUGAUACACUGGGAAGCGAGAAUGUGAUUCAAACACCAGAAUCCAACUCAAGCUUCGACAGUUACUUGGGACUCUUGUGUUCCCAAGGUGAAUUCAAAAAGAAACUUGAGGUUGGUUCAGAUUUGGACACACUGACAAGUACUCUUCAGUCAGUCAGAUUGUCUCCAAGGAGCCAUGCCUCCCCACAGAAACCAAGCAGUUCAAGUUUCAACUUUGACUCUUUGGCCACAUCUUCUGAUUCCAUUGAUCUCUCACAGUUUCAGAGAGGUUUAGUUAAAGGUGAUGCUCCUGCAGGAAAAGGAAGAGAACUGCUUCCAUGCUCUGCUGCAGAGUCAAUAAGUACUGAUGGUGGUGGUGGUCUGAUAUGUUCUGAGGAUUCAAAUUGGAUGGCAUGUUACAACAAGAGUUAAUAAACUUCCUAGAGCGAUUAGUUUCAAGCAUCUGUUUUCCUUGUAAGUAUGUUUCAUGUUAGCAGGUCGUAGCUGAAGGAACUUUCCUUCCUGUUGUUUGUUGUUUCUCUCUUGUUUUCUUCACUUUUCCCACUUAUAAAACAACAAUUCUUAUUCUGAGCGCAUCAGAAUAUUUGAAAUCCUUUUUUGUUAAACCAAUAAAACAUAUGUUUUUCAUUUCUCUAAAUACAGUUAUAGUUCUUCAAUAAAAGGAUAUUGUUG